CUUCAAGGCCUUUUUUAUAUUUUCAACAAGAUAGGCUGAAUUUUAUUCUUCUUUUUCAACUGUGAGAAUAAGGAAUGCUGUGAGAGGAGUUUUUUUCGUGCCGACCCUGGAUUAUUUAAAUCUGUAAUAAGAUUUAUGAAUUCUAUAAUGACAAGAAACAGAAAAACAAAAAAAGACAAAAAAAAACUGCGCGUGGGUGUCAGAACGCAAAAGAUAUUACAAAUCAAUACAGGAGUCAUUACGUAUGUCAUUUGGUGCUAAUAAGCUUAACAUCACAAAUCAUUCACGACAUUAAAUUAUAUUGCAUAACUGAUUUACCGUUAAUAAAAAUGGUAUAAAUAAUUACAUUAAUUGAGAUGUAUUUUCUGUCAUGCUUACAUCAUUAUUCACAAAAAUAUAUAUGUGGACUCGUGUUCAAUCUUCACAGUCGAAAAUGCCGCAGUGUUUGUACUGUGCUUGACCUCAUUACGGAAGACGGAAAGCUUCCAGUUACAACCGCUUCUGUCUCCAGACGGAGAAUUUUAUAAAAGAAGUCGGCGAACGAGUAAGCUUCGGACAAAAGCGACGAAGCGAUUUAUCAUCAUUUUGAAUAUCUUACGCGAUAAGGUCUUGGAAUAGGAAUAUCCUUGCAAAAUUGGAAUAAAUUUGAAUUUUUGUAAGCGUACAAAUCGCGGUAGCCAUUGUUAGAUGCGUGUCGGACUUUUGACGGCGCGAUUUCAAAUGAUUUCGAUUGAUUUUCCAAUUUCCGUUCCGAUCAUUCAUCCCCACUAUGCAACAACCUAUCCGACUCACCUGGAAACCACGCCUCGAGUCCUUUGCCUACAGGUGGAGGAGGUGGUCGUGUUUUUGGGCAGCUCGGGCCGCGCGCACGCACGUAUAUUGUCACUCGUGCGAACGCACUCGAGUGGAUUCGUCCGAUCGCGCGGAACUUGUCAUUCUCCAUCCGUGAAUUCACCUUUCCCGAAAAAAGGACUGUCGAUUUUCACCUACUUAAGAAUUGAUCAUCAGGCCGAGCACGUGCACACUCGGGGAACAAAAUGAUUACCAGGCAUCGAAGAAAGAACAUUCUGCUCAUAAUGUUAUACCUCUUUAUGGAAGUGCCCGAUGAAAUCCGUGGCCACGGCAGAUUAAUGGACCCGCCGUCACGGAAUGCGAUGUGGAGGUUCGGCUAUCCGAACCCCGUUAAUUACAAUGACAAUGAGCUUUUCUGCGGGGGAUAUGCAGUUCACUGGCAGCAGAACAAAGGCAAAUGCGGAAUUUGCGGCGAUGCGUAUCAUCUGAGUGAACCGAGGCCGCAUGAAGCGGGUGGCGAGUUCGCCAAAGGGACCAUAGUCAGGCAUUACACUGUGGGCCAGGAAAUCGAAGUGGAGAUCGAGCUAACGGCCAAUCAUUACGGAAGGUUCGAGCUCUACCUUUGUCCCAAUAAUGAUCCAUCGCGCGAGGCGACUCAAGAGUGCUUCGACUCCUAUCCUCUGUACGUGUCCGGCACGCAAGAUGUCCGAUUCGAGAUUCCACGCGACACGGAAAAGAAGGGCGUCAUCCGAUAUACGGUAACGUUACCGCCGUACGUAACGUGUUCGCAGUGCGUCGUUCAGUGGAACUAUUACACAGGAAACAUGUGGGGCACGUGCGAAAACGGCACGGAAGCCGUCGGAUGUGGCAGGCCGGAGACCUUUCGGAAUUGCGCGGAUGUGAGGAUCGUCACGAGCACCGGUGGAAUACCGCCGCGGUUCUUGUACCAGAAUACCAUUUAUGAGCUCUAUUCCAUAGAACCAAAAUUCUCAAUUGCCCCGCUGGCCCAACCGCUGAGGGCACAAGUAUGCGAGCCCACAGCGGCCUAUCGGUACAGGCAGAAUAUGACCAAUUGGUGUCAAGUGAAUUGCAUCCGUGUUCCGUCAAAUUGCCCGCCGGGCGUCUGUUAUUGUCUGAACACGUGCGACGCUAUUGGAGAUAUCGCUGAUAGACCCGGCGCGGACCAAUAUUGCCUGAGACGUUGCAUGCGUUAUCCAUCGAAUUGCCCGACCGAUCGCUGCAACUGUUAUUGAAAUUGCGAACUGUGACCUGUAUUGACGUGCCACAUAUAGCAUUAUAUUGGGGGAUGUGAAUAUGCAUAUAUUUCCGAAUAGAUUAAUAAAACUGUAACACAUAAUUUUA